UUCUGUAUAACCUCAGUGGACAUUGUUAAAUUCCUCAUAUAAUUUUCUGCCUUUCUAAGUAAUGUUCUGAAGUAAAAAAAGCAAAGGUAUUAGACACUGUUGGAAAAAAAGUAAAAAUAUAUAAACUUUAUAAAUGUGAUGAACAUGUUGGCCAUUUGACAGUGCUGGUGUGGGCCGCACAGGAACCUUCAUCGCUGUCUACAACCUCAUGAAAGAGAUGGAGCAGGGUUCCACUGUGGAUAUUUUCAACUGUAUCUUCAAGAUGCGCAAUAUGCGCCCUAACAUGGUUCAGACUCCGAUGCAGUAUGCUUUCCUUUACCAGUGUGUCCUGCAGCACUACAGAAACUGCACAGGUUUGGAUAUUGAAGAGGAGCCUAGUUACCAAGCCCCAAGGAUUCCAGAUCUUGUCUCCAGUGUGAAACGCCUAUCACUUGGCACCAUUAGUGACUUCAAGGACAGUGCUUCUCCUGUUGAGGCAUAUCCAGACCCUCCUCCCUUCCCUGAGGGAUUUGGGGAUGACUCAUCAUAAUAAGAUUAACUAUUGACAACAACCAACAUUAACUUGUCUAUGAUACCUGGUGCAGUAUUAUGUAAAUCAUAUAUUUCAAUCCUUUUCAGAACUUAGUAUAUUUACACCUUUUCAGCUUAAAGUGUUCAAUUUAAAAACUCUUCCAACAUUUUACAUUAUACUGUAUAACACAAUGAAGUCAACAAAAGUAUCAUUAGAUACAAAAUUAAUAUUAAGGCAUUGUUGUAACAUAAGAUUUCUUUCUUAUUUGGUUAUUUAAUUCAUGCAUUAUAUAUAUACUGUAAUAUACAGUGGUCCCUCGGUUAACGAACGGUUCGAUUAACGAAAUUUCGGUUAACA